AUGGCUAUGGUUUUUCACACUCAAAUAGCCUCCAUUAUGGAGGUUCUAGCGAAUGCAGCCGUGGCAGAGAUCUGUAAACUCGUAGACGACGACUAUGCAGUGUUUCGUUUGGAAAUAACUCAAAGCCAGAAAGAAAACAGGGCAUUGCGGAGGAAACUACAACUACUGGAACUGAAGAAGGUUGCACGGGAGCGCGCAGAAAGGACAAUGCGAGAGCGUGUCAUCGCCAGUCGUUUCAGUAGUGUCAAGAUCCUCGACCGAUACAGAGGAAUUGCAAGAGGCCACAUGAGCUUUGUGAAGCCAGCAGGACACAAUACAUGGAGCGAUGACCAACCAAUCACUGUUGAUGAGGGGAGUGGAACCUCAACCCAGCAAGUUAUCAUCAUAGAGUCUGCAGGUCCUGGGGUCAAGCUGGAGAGAUCUGAAGGAGAGCACAUCCAGACUGGAGUGGCUGGAGUGCCCCCUGUAGCCACGGAGGACCCGACCACCGCCCCAGCGGCGCCAAAGACCCGACGUAGCAUCACGAAGGUCGGUGGAACGCUGAAUGCCGUCCUCAAGUCAGGGAUCGACACCAAGAAUUUAAUGGGUCAGGGGCGACUGGGCUGUCCCGCUCUCCACUCAGAAUAUUUACUUGAUGGUAACCCGAGCCCGAGGAUGGAUCUGUCCCAUCAGGACUUAGGAGACACGUUACAGAUUGGCAAUGAUCCGUCUUGUUCAUACGCUACAGAGAUGAUACAUGGUGACAUGCCUGUCGGCUUAGAUACACAGACUAAUCCAAUGAGAGGGGACUGGAACCAGUACAGUAGUAGUGUAUACUCUGAAGGGUCCCUAGAUAAGAAAGGGGAGGUUAUAGUCAUAGAUGAGGUGACUGUGAAAGUGGAGGGUGACUCUCCUCUGACAUGGAAUGCAGAUGAGACUCGCUUUGGAGAAGGACACUCACAGGGCAACACCAAUGACUUCUUAGACUACAGAAAAAGCUUAGAGACCAAUCUAACUGUCGCAACCCACUCCCCUUUACACACGCUCAGGGAUUGCGACCCACUGUCCACGCCGAUGGCAUCUUCCGAUUCACAAUACCUUUUCGAUCAGGUAUUGAACUCAAAGGAUCAAAGGGCCAAAGCACAGGGAGGGGGAGCCACAUCAGGAAAUAGUAAAGAGAAACGGUUCCUUUGCAUGUUCUGUAACAAAGGCUUCAGCAGCUCCCAGAAGGUGGAGAUCCACCAGAGGGUCCACACAGGGGAGAAACCAUUCAGCUGUACCCAGUGUCAUAUGCGCUUCACCCAGGCUGGUGACCUGAAGAGGCACCAGAGAGUCCACACAGGGGUAAAACCCUUCAGCUGUACCCAGUGUCACAUGAGCUUUGCCCAGGCUGGCAACCUGAAGAGGCACCAGAGGGUCCACACAGGGGAGAAAACAACAACCCCCUAGUGUGAGAAGAGGUUCUCCCACCAACACCAACUGAACAUGCACUUAUAAGUCCAUACGGGAGAAAGGCCGUUCGCCUGUACGCGCUACAAGAAGAGGUUCUCAGAGGAUACACCAGCAGAAAAAAAACAUUCCACGGAUUGACCUAGAAAUGAACCAUUCCACUCAAUUGCUUCUGACAUUUAGAUCAAACCCUGCAUUAAAGACUAAGAUUAAAGUUAAUUGGUGUCAGCAGAAAAGAUCCACAGAUGCAUUUGGAAUUACGAGAGUAGCAAAUUUCAGUGUUGAAUAUUCCUGGGUAGAAUAUUGAAUCCAGACAGACGUGUGAUAUCUAAGCCUGAAUGGUCUGUUUCAUAGUGUUUGCACUGUGUAGGAUAUAUUAUGUUCAAGUACAGAAUAUUUUUCCCACAAUACUUUAUUGAGUAAAUGAAUGCAGUUUAUGAAGGUCAUGCAGAUUUUUAGUCGAUGUGCAUGUGUGGUUUUUAUAUGGUGUAUUUAAAAAAGGUUUGUUUAGUAAACACAAAAUGGGACUUUUCAUUUAUUGAGACUCUUUAGUAUACAUCACAUCUGAUCUCACCAUAUUCUUAAAACACCAGGCAGUGCUUUAUAACCAAUACACAUGUAUAAAAAAAGAAAAGGCCAUUCCAGCAAACUGGACGCACUUGAAUGGACGUUUUUACAUGGUCCUUCAUUUUGACGGAUUCUGACUCGGCUACGGUUAAGAUGUUCCAUUACCCAAAACAUAAUUAAAUUCUGCGCUCAAAACAGAAUAAAAUUCUGCGCCCAGGAGGCGAUGAGUUAUCCUGCCGUGCAAAGCCAUGAGGCUGUUGUCACCACCCACAACACACGGACGAAGCCAUCGAGUCCCAGAAGAAGAUGAGCUGCGAGGUCUUCCACACCUCUCUCAUCACACAGUCAACCAUUGGUCAGGUAGUGACCUCCCUCACCAGCUGGAAGCUGCUGAGGGACUACGAGGACCUGCCCUGUAAAAGAGAAGAGAUCAGGAGGGCAUACUCUAGGGAACAUUUUUUAUAUAAUUUUCUUAGGUUGGGGAGAAACAAACUCGAUAUACAUAAAAAUGACAAAUCUAAACUGUAGAAAUUAUAAUGGACUUACAUUUACAGUGCAUUCAAAGAGUAUUCAGACCCCUUGACUUUUUCUGCAUUUUGUUACGUUACAGCUUUAUUCUAAAAUGGAUUACAUUGUUUUCUCUCAAUCUACACACAAUACCCCAUAAUGACAAAGCAACAUUUUUCCAGUUUAUUGAGAAUAAAAAUACUGAAAUCACAUUUACAUA